CAGCCCCUUCUCCCUCGCUAUCCAGCUCAACCAGAUGAAGGAGCUCAGGGACAGAGCCCAUCAGCUCGGACGGCAACAAAUGGUAUGGCAAAAACGCUCAAAGCACUCUCCUUGUCACUUUUCAAAUCAAGUAGCCGAAAUUACAGAAAACAAGCUCUGAACUUUCUGACGGAAAGGGACAGAAGAGAAACGGAUAGCCAGAGGCUCAGAUCUGUGCAUGUGUCGGCAGGAGCUAGAUAGGAUAUAGGACAUGAUUGUUGCAUGACAACUCUGAUCUUUUUCACCCCCCUCAUAUGUGAUUGAUCUGUAACUGUAGAGAUAGCACCACUGGCAUGGUAUAUUGGUAUGGCAGUGUUAAAUUUGAUGAUUUCGUUCGCUGAACAGCGAGUACUUAUAUUACAGCCUAGACAGUUACAUGCCUUUCUGAAGGAGUCAGUUGUUGAAUGCUUUGUAGGCCAACUCCCUCCCCUUGAUAUCUUUGGACAUGCUCUUUAUACAAUAGACAUCGGCCAAAAUGAUUUCACCUCAAACCUAGGAUCCCUCGGCGUCGAAACGGUCAAGCAAAGUCUUCCUUCAGUUGUCAACCAAAUCUCGUGGACAAUACAGGAUCUGUAUAACAUCGGAGCCCGCAACUUCAUGGUGUUCAACAUGGCGCCCAUCGGAUGUUACCCGGCAUUCCUCACAGAGCUUCCACAUAGCAGCAAUGACUUGGACGAAUUUGGAUGCAUGACAACAUACAAUAGUGGAGUAGUCUACUACAAUGAACUACUGAACAACAGUAUGGCUGAGGUCAGGAAGAAGCUGCAUGAUGCAUCUAUUGUGUAUGUCGACAAGCAUACUGUAACACUCGAGCUGUUCAGGCAUCCUGAUGCUCAUGGGCUGGAGUAUGGGACUAAGGCUUGCUGCGGAUACGGCGGUGGAGCUUACAACUUUAACCAAAAUGUUUACUGUGGCAACAGCAAGACAGUGAACGGCCAAACUGUAACCGCAACAGCUUGUGGAGAUCCGCAGAACUACGUGAGCUGGGAUGGAAUUCAUGCCACUGAAGCAGCAAACAAGAUCAUAGCUUCUGCAGUAAUUAGUGGCUCCUAUUCUUAUCCACCCUCAAAGCUCUGCAGCCCAUAGACUGAUCGCAUAAUCAUUCAGUUGAACUCAGCUAUUGCUGAAACAAUACUAUCAAAGAAUAUGUUUUAGCUAAAGAUGAUGAA